AUGAUUGGAGUAUGGAAUAUGAGAGGGAUUAACAAUCCAUCUAAGCAAUCUGAAAUGGUUGCUUUUAUUAAGAGCUAUAAUUUUAGUAUUUUAGUUAUUGUUGAAACCAGGGUCAAUAUGAAUAAAUGGGAGGUUGUUUGGAGUAAUUUGAAGAUAAACUUAGUGUAUAUCCAUUGCAAAAUUAAGAGUGAGGAUAUGAAUUGUUGUUGUAAUUUUGUGUAUGGCACUUAUUUAGCAGAUGAGAGGGUAGAGUUAUGGAAUCAGAUUCUUGACUUCAGUAUGGUGAUCAAUGAUAGAUGGAUUCUUUUAGGAGACUUUAACUCUGUGAUGAAUAAUAGGGACAAAAUUGAUGGGAAUGCGAUUGAUGAAGAUCGAAGGGAUUCGUUUUGUGAUGUGCAAACCCCUGGAGUCUCUGAACAUAGUCCUCUUGUUAUUAAGAUGCAAACUGUGAGAGAGAAAAGAAAGAUGGGUUUUAAAUUCUACACUGCCUGGUGUGAGCAUCAGGACUUUAUGGAUACAGUUAAAAAAGGUUGGGAUGUUGAAACCAAUGGCUGUUUUAUAUACAAAGUUUACCAAAAGCUAAAGAAGACUAGAAGAGAGCUUAAAAAGCUAAGUGAGAAGGAUUAUAGUACUAUUUCUAUUAGAGUUGUUACUAUGAGAGAGAUUCUCAAUAAGUUACAAGUUGACUUACAGGCCAAUCCUAAUAACACAAACCUUAUGGACGAGGAAAGGGAUCAAAGAACUACUAAAAAGAGUAUUGUUAGAUUAAAAGUCAAUGGGAGUUAUAUUGAGGAUUCUGAGCAGCUAAGCAAGUUCUUCAGUGAUAAAUUAGUAAAUAGAAGGAAUGCUAAUCCAGUUGUCUUUGAGAAAGGUUAUGUUGUGAGUAGUGAGGAGAAUGAGAUGUUAAAUGGUAAUGCCACUGAGGAGGAGAUCAAAAGAGCUUUGUUUAGUAUUAAUGAGAGUAAAGCCCCAAGGCCUGAUGGUUUUGAAAAGUGCUUUUUAAAAAGAUGGAGUGUUGUUGGUGAAGACAUUAUUAAAGCUGUUAUUGAAUUUUUUAACACUGGCAAAAUGUUGAAACAAGCUAAUUCCACUAGUAUUUCCCUUAUUCUAAAGGUGGAUGUCCCUGAUUAUAUCAAUGAUUACAAGCCUAUAGCUUGCUAUAAUACAACGUUAUAUUUAAGGCAAAAUGGGGAUUCUUGUGCUAUGAAGGCGGACCUCCAUAAGGCAUAUGAUACUAUAGAGUGGGAUUUCAUUGAGGAAGUUCUGAUGGGUUUGAAUGUUGAUAAUAAGUUUGUAAAGUUAGUUAUGAAUUGCAUUAGAAGUGCUAUGUUCUCAGUCCAAGUCAAUGGUAAGUGUUGUGGUUACUUUCAGAGUGCCAGAGGGCUGAGGCAGGGGAACCUUAUCUCCCCCCUUGUUUUUGUUCUUUGUAUGGAUUAUCAAUCCAGAAGCCUUGAUCUGAACACCAUGGAAGGUUCUGGUUUUAAACACCAUAAAAGCUGCAAGAAAAUGAACCUCUGUCAUUUGGCCUUCGCAGAUGAUUUAUUUCUUUUCAGCAAUGAAGAGGCUUUGUUUAUUUCAGUGGUCCUAAUGGCUGUUAUAAAAGGGGUAGAUGAGAAAUGCAUGAGGUAUCUUUGGCACGAGAACAAAACUAAAAAAGGUAGUCUUAUGAAUAGGGAUAUUGUUUGCUCUAGUCAAAGAGGAGGAGGGUUGGGUGUUAAGGCUAUCUUUAUGUGGAAUGUAGCUGCAGUAGCUAUGAAUAUUUGGAAUUAA